UAUGUGAGCUAAAGGGUUUCUAUUUUCCCUCUCCAGGAUGAGGAGUCAGUCUGCCGAGAGGUAAACUUUCUCCUGAAGUUCAGCAGGCACAGGAACAUCGCCUCUUACUAUGGAGCUUAUUACCACCCUGCUCCAAACGAGGAGUCAUCGGAGUAUCUGGAAGUAAGAAAUUGUUUGUUGCAUCACAUUCAUCCCUUAUGUGCCAAAGAGAUCUCCAUUGGAGGCAAUAAAAUACAUACACGGCCUGAAAUCAUUCCUUCCUAUUGCAGCUUGUCCUUGAGUACUGCAGCGGCGGCUCCCUGUAUGACCUGAUCAACAGCACCGAAGGCCAAUCCCUGAAGGAGACCUGGAUUGGCUAUGUCUGCAGGGAGGUAUUGAAGGCUCUCAACCACAUUCACCACCACCGGGCCGUUCACAGGGACAUCAAGAGCCCCAACGUGAUGCUCACCAAGAAGGGGAACAUCAAACUCAGUGAGUAAAACUUAUAGUUGUAAGAUGAAUGGAUGGGGGGAAGCUUCUGUGGAUAUAAAAUACAGAGGGUAUCAUGAUACAGGUUUUUAUCUUAUUGCCCUUAAAAUGAAUGAAUUUUCCAUUUAUAAAUUUAAUCUGUCAUUUCAGUCGAUUUCGGACUCUGCUGGGACCUGGACCCACAGACAGGAAAGUGCAAGGAGACCGAUGGGACUGCGCACUGGAUGGCGCCCGAGGCCUUUAGGAGGAGGGACAGGGAACCGGAAUUCGACAACAAAGUAUGUUGUAGAAGCAGUAGGAGGACCCAAUGGCAUUUAUGUGUCUGCACAAAUGGGUGCUGCAUUCAGUACCAAUUCAGGCCAAUUCAGUUACAUGAGUGCUAAACAUAAAGCCAUUGGGAACCCCCCGGUAACAAGUAACUAAAUCAUACGCUAACCCAAUUCUAUCCUAAUGCUCUUUGGUGUCUUCUUUUCCAGUGUGACAUCUGGUCCCUUGGAAUCACUGCCAUCGAAAUGGCCGAGGGAAAAACACCAUACGCCGAUCAGAAACUAGUGUCGGAGCUGAUCAUCAACAACGACUCUCCGAGGCUCAUAUCAAGGACCUGGUGAGUCCUUCCCAGCUCAUGUCACUGUGCGAUGCUGAUACUGCAACUCUCUGUGUCUCUCGCCUUAGCAUAUUAGCGAUUAAAGCGAUACAUCUGUUUAUCUUGCUCAAAUCUUUUCCUUUUUCCAGGUCUCAAACUUUUGUGUCCUUCUUGGAGUCGUCCCUUGAGAAGGAUCCUUCCCGGAGAUGGAGUGUGGAAGAGCUCCUGCAGCACCCGUUCAUUGCUGAACUGCCCCCUGCGAAGAUCAUCAGGGCUGAAAUCGAGGAACACCUUCGGGCUGUGCAGAACCGGCCGGCCAAACAAGGAUUGAGAGCAGUUCGCUGGGCCAGGGAACAGCUACGGCGGGCCAGGGAACAGCUACGGCGGGCCAGGGAACAACUACGGCGGGCCAGGGAACAACUACACGGGGCCAGGGAACAGCUACGGCAGGCCAUGGAACAUCUACGGCCUUGCUGGGCCAUGGAACAUCUACGGCCUUGCUGGGCCAUGGGACAUCUACAGCGAGCCUGUGACUUCUGCGCAAUUGAAACAUCGCCAGAACAGAAGGAGGCUCAGCAACUGGCCCUGGAGGGUUUUGCCUGUGUGUGAUCCUGUGGCCAAUAACAUCAAGUGCCCAGGGUGAGUCUCCUGUAUACCAUCCAAGGAGAAAGGAACAUCUGCAGAGAAAGGUACCAUCUCUCCUUCUUCUACUGCUCCUUUACCACUAGGCUCUUUCCUCAGACUACCACACCUCUAGCAUCUGUAGCUCCAUCAACACUAUCCUUGCAGCUGCCCCAGCUCCUCCACAGUG